AUGGCUUUUGUGGUACCUAUGCGAAAGGACAGUCUCGCGUUUCUCAUUGCGACUCUAUUGAAUUUUCCUGUCGGCACAGAAUCAGACACUGCUGGAUAUGAAAUUGAUAAGCAGAGAGUUCUCUUUGUGGCGGGUGGGGCGGAUCCGAGCGAAUUCUUCUCCGAUCCGGAAGACUCACCCGCAGAGUCUUCCUUUAUGUCAGAAGUGAAGAACCGCCCGAAGUGGUCAGAGGCAAUUGAAUAUACACAUCGAGAGAACACGCUCUGCGAAAUCCCUUCUUUUUACAAAAAGAUCGAUGCAGCAGUGGAUGACGUGAUUCAUGGGCAGGUUCAAGAUGUGCAGGAGUAUCUUGAGACCUCCGCAGAGGCAAGCAUCUUGCUGCAUGGUUCCGAAACACUCCAAGCCGAAUCGCUUCAUUCGUUCGAUGAGGAAAAUCCUGAAUCUGGCAUUGAUGAAAAUAUUCAGGUUACUGGCAGAACAGUCCUGCACCUCGCAGCCUGUGAAUCUUCUCCUGAAAUGGUGGAGCUUUUACUCCGGAAAGGGGCCGACCCGAACGCCAGAGACAUGGAUGGACGAGUCCCUCUUAUGGAAGCAGCCUUAUGGGGCCGAGUAGAGAACACAAAGGUUCUCCUGAAAUACGGAGCUAACCAGAAGCUGGAAUAUAUGCGGAGCGGACGGCGCGUACGGCCGGUAGACUUCGCGAGGCCGCUUCUAGCAAACACCGAAGAUCGCUAUCGGCGCUCUUUGUAUAGAGAGGUGACUUAUGAAAGAGAUCAGGAUCGUCGGGAAAUUGUUUGCUUGCUUGGAGGGGGCGCAGAUCGAUCAAACCGUGGCUCUACUUCUCUAGCAGGUUUUUUCUUUCCCAAAUCCUCCAGUACGGCUGAAUUGACGUUGCUCACUCAUUUUAACAUUCCCAAUGAACGAAAGACAGUCGGCGUUCUCUAUCGGGGGCAUAAUUUCCCUCCGAUGGCAGCGAUGAGCGGCUGGGGACACCUUGACGACUCCAAUAUGAACAUCCAAGUUAGCGGAAAAAGCUGGACUUCUGAAGUUCAUCGUCUUAGCAAACAUAUUGGUUACGAUCUUCCACCUGGCAAAUCAGACCAGGGAAAACCAGGGAGUUUUAAUGCUUGCCAUGCAGAAAAGCAGUUGCUUGCGUACUUCGUCUACAAACAUACAUUUUUGCCGUAUGAAAUGGGCGAGGAUAUCAACCUGGCGGAGUUAGACCUUGAUGAGGUUUCGGAAGAGGACUAUGACCGACGUCAGGUGGAAAGAAAACGCAAAGAUGACCUAUUGAAACUCAAAACUGCGAGACCAACUAUCUCUCAAAAAGCGGCCACAAUAAUGUGCAGAGAUUGA